CACCGAUCGACCCGAGUAUCCCGACUAAAAGAUGUACCUGAUGAGCUUACUGAAGCAAUUCUACAGGGCAUGGAAGCCCUUGAGCCGAACGAGCGGUUUGAUAUCCUCACCACCACAUCCAUACAGCAAAUCAAGAACGCUCGCCUCUUAUCUCGGCAGUUCUGCGCCUGUUCUUGGCGUUCUUUCGCGAAGGUCCUAGGACAGACUACGUUCUUCGCGACCCGCUCGAGCAUGAACGACCUUGCCAGACUCUCGAAAAUCACCGCGCUAAAUACAUGGGUCACAACUCUGACGUUCUCCGGGAUGGUGUUUGCGAAACUCCGAGUCCCGCUGCAUAAGUUGCACCUUGGCUGCGCGAACCUCUGCUCGAACGUCAGGUGUGCCGCAACGAUCAAAUCGCAUACAAGACGGCCCAGAACCGAACUCACAUAUCAUGCGACUUCGAGAAAGACCUCGCGGCAAUCCUACCUCGCUUUGCUAAGCUAAAGCAUCUACGGUACUAUCGAGCCACCAACGGCCACAUUAAAGAGUGGAUUGCGUCAAAGCACUUUCGUCCAAAGUGCUGUUACUCUACCGAGGAGAGCGAAUAUCAAGACGGACAGGCGCAUCUAGCUACCGACGAGGAAUUCAAGGUCGAUAAGCAGCCACCGUCAGUCUUAUACAGCAUCUUCAAGGUCCUGGGAAAGUUAGAAAUCCAACUAGAGAGUUUCUCCACCCCAUUCCUGGGCAAUCGAGAUACAGAUCGCAACGCC